CUUAUAUAAUUUCAAUUACUAGUGGUCUUCAGACCCUUAAUUGAUCUUCAACAUCCAACUUAGUAACUUAUAAUUUUAAUUACCAGUGGUCUUCAGACCCUUAAUUGAUCUUCAACAUCCAACUUGGGGCAACACUUACAAUUAGUAACUUAUAAUUUCAAUUACUAGUGGUAUUCAGAGCCUUAAUUGAUCUUCAGCAUCCAAGUUAGGGCAAAACAAAAGGAGUAAUAUGGAGGCCCUAAGAGCCUCAUACGCAGACGGUUCUUCUGACUCCGACUCUGAUUCCGACUCCAAUCCACAGCCGUCGUCAGCUUCCACAUCACUUGCCCCUCUGCCUCCACCUCCUAUUUCACUUCUUCACCCCCCCAACUCUCUCGGUAACUUUCUUUUUCAAAACCAAGAAAAAUCUAUUGAAGACGAUUUAUGCUCACUAAAUGUUUGCUUUUUUGCUUCUCAAGUUCAUUUGGACUCCGUGAAUCGUGUUCGAACCUUUCCUCACAUUGAAGGCAAUUAUGCUUUACAUGUCUACAUCCCCGUUCAUAUACCAUCUGCAACAUGGAAGGAGCUGGCCAGUUUUCUGAAGAAGGUCACAUCUCUUGUACCUACUCUACAUGCUGUGGAUAUUGAUGUACCAUUGAGUGGUCUAUUGAAGGAUAAAGACCUGCUUGAAAAACUGGUGUUGGGUAGAGAGUUUCACAUUAGUUUGGGAAGAACUGUCCCACUCCGUGUGCAUCAGAUUAAUUCCAUGGUCUCCAUGCUUCGGCAGAAGCUUCAGUUUCAGAGGAGGUAUUUGAUAGAUUUUAACAAAUGGGAGAUCUUUGUCAAUGAUGAUUCAACUCGCACAUUCAUGUCAUUGGAAGUUGUAGCAGGUGGCUUGGCACAGAUAAGAAAGCAAAUCCAAGCUGUUGAUGAAGUCUACAAACUUCACAACCUUCCAGAAUUUUACAAGGAUCCACGCCCUCACAUCUCAAUAACUUGGGCAUUGGGGGAUAUCAGGGACACCCUGAAGAGAAUGGUGGAAGAAGAGAUGAAGAAAUACAAAGCGGGUUCAAGUUCACAGCAGAAAUGUAUUUUCACAAGUAAAUUUAGUGGCAUUUUGUGCAAAAUAGGCAACAAGAUGCAUGAAAUCUGCAAGUUUCAGGAAGAAUAACAGUUGUUUUUAGAUUCCUAGUUAACCUUCUCAGUUCUAACUAACUAUGCAUCUCCCAGAUGGUUAAUUAGAAGAACUAGUUAUUGUAAAAAGUCGAACUGAGCAAAGAGGAGAAAGGCAACGAUUGUUGAUAGGCUUGUUGUUUUAAAGAAGAUAACAAGAGAAACGCUCACUCUGUUCUAGAAUCUCUGUCCAAUAUGUGCUGAAAGAAGAUAACAAGUGAUGAGUGUAUAUUCCCACAGCAUAUCAAUGAUGAAGCACCUCUCAAAAAGGUUUGACAUCUCUAAUUUUAUCAGUUUUAGAUUCAUCAUUUGAGAAAACUUUUAUGUGA